AUGGUUGCCUUCCAACGCGUCUUUAUCCCUGGAACCCCCAGCCUGGUGUGGGAUGCUGGUGGCCGAAUGAAUUCGGGUCUUGGGUCAAAACGAGGGCAAGAGCACUCGGGGGUUCCCGCAAGCAACACCCACCUGCUGCGUCUACACCUGGACUUGGCUCGGUGGCAGCUCUCAGCCAUUGUGGCUGAGGCAGACCCCAGGGAGGGACAGACAAAGCCAACAAGUGCUGGGGGGGGUGAGGCGGGAGCACAGUGGACCCCCGUUGAGUCCCCGACUGCCCGCAGCCGGCCACCUCAGGCAGACGGGCUCUGCGGCCCUGUGGUCACGAGAGAACUCGAUGCCACCGCAACGGUAUUGGCGAACCGGCAAGAUGAAAGCGAGCAGUCCAGAAAGCGGCUUAUCGAGCAGAGCCGAGAGUUCAAGAAGAACACUCCAGAGGAUUUGCGCAAGCAGGUAGCGCCGCUGCUGAAGAGCUUCCAAGGGGAGAUUGAUGCACUGAGUAAAAGAAGCAAAGAAGCUGAGGCAGCCUUCUUGAAUGUCUACAAAAGACUGAUUGAUGUUCCAGAUCCGGUGCCAGCUCUGGACCUCGGGCAGCAGCUCCAGCUCAAAGUGCAGCGCCUGCAUGACAUCGAGACAGAGAACCAGAAGCUUCGGGAAACGCUUGAAGAGUACAACAAGGAAUUUGCUGAAGUGAAAAAUCAAGAGGUUACGAUAAAAGCACUUAAAGAGAAAAUCCGAGAAUAUGAACAGACACUGAAGAACCAAGCUGAAACCAUAGCUCUCGAAAAGGAACAGAAGUUACAGAAUGACUUUGCAGAAAAGGAGAGAAAGCUGCAGGAGACACAGAUGUCCACCACCUCAAAGCUGGAGGAAGCAGAACAUAAAGUGCAGACUCUGCAGACAGCCCUGGAAAAAACUCGAACAGAAUUAUUUGACCUGAAAACCAAAUACGAUGAAGAAACUACUGCAAAGGCCGACGAGAUUGAAAUGAUCAUGACGGACCUUGAGAGAGCAAACCAGAGGGCAGAGGUGGCGCAGAGAGAGGCGGAGACCUUGAGGGAGCAGCUCUCGUCAGCCAACCACUCGCUCCAGCUGGCCUCACAGAUCCAGAAGGCGCCGGACGUGGAACAGGCCAUAGAGGUAUUGACCCGCUCCAGCCUGGAAGUUGAGUUGGCCGCCAAGGAGCGGGAGAUCGCCCAGCUGGUGGAGGAUGUGCAGAGACUCCAGGGCAGCCUCACCAAGCUGCGGGAGAACUCGGCCAGCCAGAUCUCCCAGCUCGAGCAGCAGCUGAGUGCCAAGAACAGCACACUCAAACAACUGGAAGAAAAACUCAAAGGCCAGGCUGACUAUGAAGAGGUGAAGAAAGAGCUGAAUGUUCUGAAGUCCAUGGAGUUUGCACCGUCUGAGGGCCCUGGGACGCAGGACGCGGCCAAGCCCCUGGAGGUGCUGCUGCUGGAGAAGAACCGCUCGCUGCAGUCUGAGAACGCCGCGCUGCGCAUCUCCAACAGCGACCUGAGCGGGUCAGCCAGGAGAAAAGGGAAAGACCAGCCUGAGAGUCGGCGCCCUGGACCUUUGCCGGCCUCCCCUCCUCCUCAGUUGCCCCGCAACCCGGGGGAGCAGGCUUCCAAUACUAACGGUACACACCAGUUCUCACCAGCGGGGUUAAGUCAAGACUUUUUCAGCUCAUCCUUGGCAAGCCCCAGCCUACCCCUGGCUUCGACAGGAAAAUUUGCACUAAACUCUCUCCUCCAGCGACAGCUAAUGCAGUCCUUCUACUCCAAGGCCAUGCAGGAAGCAGGAAGCACAAGCAUGAUUUUUUCAACAGGUCCUUACAGCACAAACUCCAUAUCUUCCCAAAGUCCAUUACAACAAAGCCCAGAUGUAAAUGGCAUGGCCCCGUCCCCCAGCCAAUCAGAAAGUGCUGGGAGCGUCUCCGAGGGCGAGGAGAUGGACACUGCAGAAAUCGCCCGGCAGGUCAAAGAGCAGCUGAUCAAGCACAAUAUCGGACAGCGCAUCUUCGGACAUUAUGUCUUGGGACUGUCGCAAGGGUCCGUGAGCGAGAUUCUGGCCCGGCCCAAGCCAUGGAAUAAACUGACGGUUCGCGGCAAGGAGCCAUUCCACAAGAUGAAGCAGUUCCUCUCCGACGAGCAGAACAUCCUUGCUCUUCGCAGCAUCCAAGGCAGACAAAGAGAGAAUCCAGGCCAGAGCCUGAACAGACUAUUUCAGGAAGUACCGAAACGACGAAGUGGGUCUGAAGGUAACAUCACCACCCGGAUUCGAGCCUCGGAAACUGGCUCUGAUGAAGCCAUCAAGUCCAUCCUGGAACAAGCCAAAAGGGAGCUCCAAGUGCAGAAAACUGCAGAGCCAGCCCAGCCUCCUCCUGCAUCCGGCAGCGCGAACUCUGACGACGCCAUCCGCUCCAUCCUGCAGCAGGCCCGCCGGGAAAUGGAGGCCCAGCAGGCCGCCCUCGACCCUGCCUUAAAGCAAGCCCCACUGUCCCAGACCGACAUCGCCAUCCUGACCCCCAAGCUGCUGUCCGCCUCGCCCCUGUCGACCGUCUCCAGCUACUCUCCUCUCGCCAUCUCCCUGAAGAAGCCCCCCGCCGCUCCUGAGACCAGCACCUCUGCUCUGCCAAACCCCCCGGCCCUCAAGAAGGAGGCACAGGAGGCCCCCGGGCUGGACCCCCAGGGAGCGGCCGAUUCUGCACAAGGGGUUCUGAGACACGUGAAGAACGAGAUGGGCCGCUGGAAAGACCACUGGUGGAGCACGGUCCCGCCGGAGAGAAGAAACGCCGCCCCUUCUGAAGAAGUGAAGAGUGAAGAGACCAGCAGCGGGAAAGAGAAGGGCGGCGGCGGCGGCGGCCCGCCACGGGCCGAGCGCAGCCAGCCCCAGGGCCCCUCGUCGUCCGAGUACUGGAAGGAGUGGCCCAACGCCGAGUCGCCGUACUCCCAGAGCUCGGAGCUGAGCCUGACGGGAGCCAGCCGCAGCGAGACGCCCCAGAACAGCCCUCUGCCUCCCUCCCCGAUUGUGCCCGUGUCCAAGCCCACCAAGCCCUCCGUGCCCCCGCUGACCCCCGAGCAGUACGAGGUCUACAUGUACCAGGAGGUCGACACCAUCGAGCUCACCCGGCAGGUGAAGGAGAAGCUGGCCAAGAACGGCAUCUGCCAAAGGAUCUUCGGGGAGAAGGUUCUGGGUCUGUCCCAGGGCAGCGUCAGCGACAUGCUAUCCCGGCCGAAGCCAUGGAGCAAGUUGACCCAGAAAGGCCGAGAACCCUUCAUCCGGAUGCAGCUCUGGCUGAACGGCGAGCUGGGCCAGGGGGUCCUGCCUGUCCAGGGGCAGCAGCAAGGGCCAGUCCUCCACUCUGUGACAUCACUACAGGACUCCCUGCAGCAGGGCUGUGUGAGCUCAGAAAGCACUCCAAAGACCUCUGCCAGCUGCAGCCCCGCCCCCGAGUCCCCGAUGAGUUCCAGCGAGUCUGUGAAGAGUUUGACUGAACUGGUCCAGCAGCCCUGUCCCCCCAUCGAAACGAGCAAGGACGGCAAGCCGCCAGAGCCCAGCGACCCUCCGACGUCCGACUCCCAGCCCACCACCCCGCUGCCCCUCUCCGGACACUCAGCCCUCAGCAUCCAAGAAUUAGUAGCCAUGUCCCCAGAGCUGGACACCUACGGCAUCACCAAGAGGGUCAAGGAGGUGCUGACGGAUAACAACCUCGGUCAGCGCUUAUUUGGGGAGACCAUCUUAGGACUCACUCAAGGCUCCGUCUCCGACCUCCUUGCCCGCCCGAAGCCCUGGCAUAAGCUCAGCCUGAAGGGACGGGAGCCCUUUGUCCGGAUGCAGCUGUGGCUGAAUGACCCCAACAAUGUGGAAAAGCUGAUGGACAUGAAGCGGAUGGAGAAGAAAGCCUACAUGAAGCGGCGGCACAGCUCCGUCAGUGACAGCCAGCCCUGCGAGCCCCCCUCCAUUGGCACCGACUACACCCAGGGCGCCAGCCCCCAGCCCCAGCACCAACUGAAGAAGCCCCGCGUGGUGCUGGCUCCCGAAGAGAAGGAAGCCCUGAAACGCGCUUAUCAGCAAAAGCCAUACCCGUCACCAAAAACCAUCGAAGACCUCGCCACCCAGCUCAACCUGAAAACCAGCACCGUCAUCAACUGGUUCCACAACUACAGAGCUCAGACCUCUUCAGGACCAGGUUCGGAGCUCGCUCACUGCGGGAAACGGAUGACUGUGGCAGAUUCACACCCCCCCUUCUGGCCCAGUUUCUACAAUGACACUGGGCCUGGUGCGCAUUCGCCUGGAGAUGCUCUUCUGCUCAUGGUUUGCGGGUCACCAGAGGCUUUCUCGGUCCUUAAGAAACACCUGGAGAGGCCAGCUGGCUGGCGUUCUAAGCAGUGGCUCCUGCGGGCUGCCGACCCGACCCUCCUCCUCUUUCCGCUCUAUCGGUUUGAAAAGCUGAUUUGUACCUCUCCCCUGAGGGAAACGGUUCCGGUCUCCUUCCAGCUGUGCAGGGGCCCGGGAAUGUGUGGCGGGCUGGUGGCUUGGCGCCUGCUGGGCUGCAGGGAGGCUGCCCCUCCCCAGAUGUCCUUCCUCACCUCCACACUCCUCCUCGUCCCCUUCUACCUCACUCACCUGUGCUCUCCAUCCGAUGCCACUGAGAACCACACCCCGCAGAACGCUGAGGCCCCUGUCAAGAUCCGUCAGCGGUCUCCCUUGCCCUGGGCUGCCCCAAAAUGGCCACGUGAGCACGCCUCCCCGGAUUCCGAACCGGCUUUGGGGAAUGCUGUGGCUCCCUCGCGUCUGUGCCUCUGGCACUGGGAGUCCUGGUUCCGGCUUCUCUGUGAGCUCCUUCGCAAACAUCAGACAUCUCAAGGAAGGGAAAGGAUGGAUGGCUUCUCUCCAGCCUACACACCCAGUCUUCAGCCAUGUGACCCUUUCUUCCCAAAAGAAUAUGCCAGUUUCCAUCCAGAGCUGAAGACAAGCCAGGGCUGCUUGCUGGAUAUGGUUGUGGUUGUGGUGGCCAAAAUGAAAGCUAGCGGGGAAGAGGGAAGACCAGUUCCCAAUAAAUUCCAGAAAGAUCCAGCCUGUGACACCCUUGGAGAUGGGAUGGAAGCUAAGGCCAGGACCCAGGACCCUCAGGGUCAAUUGGGACGAAAAGAGGGGUGCGGGGAGCAGCCGGCAGAGCAUAAAAUGAGCCCAGGCCCAGAGUGUCGCCCGCCCCAGAAGCCCCAGCAGCCGAAUGACCAGAAGCACAGUGUGACGGGAGUGCUGGGACUUCCGUUGGUGAAACAAGACACCGAAAACCGAAGCAUCUGGGGAAUUGAUGGGGGGGCAGAGGGGGACCCUCCAGCAGAAUCAAGCACCUGUCUCCAGAGUGGCCGCUCAAAAACUGGGGGUCUCUAUGUGUCUAACUUUUUAAGCGAGAGAGUGUAUGAACAAAAAUCUACCAACACAAGGGAGUGCCGAGUCGAAGGACACUCGCGCGAGGAGCUGCAGAGGAAACUUAGAAAAGCCAAGUUCAGUUCCCCAAAGCCUCCUAGAGCCUCUGGUAAGACUUCUGGGUUCAUGAAGUUGCGGCGAGCCCUGGUCAGAGAGGGCGUGGUGGCCUGUGCUCAGGCCCGAGGAAAAGCAGCAAACACUGUCAUUCUGGGUCCAAAGGACGCCUUCCCUGAGGCGGCUGUCCCUUCACUGCCCCUGCGGCCUCUGGCGUAUGGCUUCCGGGCAGGCGUCGGCGGGAACCUGGGACUCAGGGUGAAGGACAAGCCAGAGGCGGCAGCUGACGCGAGCGAGGGGGCGCGAGGGACAGUGUGGCUUGGGGUCUCUGAGAGGAGCCUCCUCCUAGACGGCGCUCGGCUGGCGGCGGGAGAGCUCGGCAGAGCGGGCUGCGGGCUGCUCCGCGCUGGUGGCUCAGGGAGUUUCUGGUCUCGGAACUGGCGAGGGACAGAACUGUCUACCCACGGUGACGCGUGGCUCGUUGGAGCAGGAGUGUUGCUUGGUGAUGCAUUCAUUGGGGGGAUUUCGGAAUGCGAAGCUCCCACCCGUGAGCUGCCCUCAGAUGCCGCGCCCGAGGGGCGGGAGAGGGCUACAUCAAGCCGCGAGAGCUUUGCCGCAUGCCAGCCUUGGGGGCACACAGCUUGCCGAUUUCCGCUUCGGUUCAUUUGUUCCCAUGAGGUGGUGGAGACCCGGGCCUGCGUGUGGGGACCCAACCCGGGAACUCGGAAGGCUUCGGAGAACUGUUGUGACGGGGACGGGAAGUCGGAUUCAUCGGUAGGGGUAAGGAGGCGGAGUGGCACAGUGGAAGCCCUCAGAUUCCAGGGCCCGCCACCUGUCCAGCAGGCCAAGGCUGGGGCUGUAUUUUCCCCACCGCCCUGCGGGAUGAGCCCCUUCUCAGCGACCCUGUCUUCAGCUUCAUCUGCUUUAAAACUGGUAAAGCCUCACUUCCUUGGGAACUUGGACUCGGCCUGCGUAGUUGCACAGCUCAGUGCGGAAGAUGACCUGGCCACCGUUCCCUAG